CCUCUGCAGAUUUAUUUAUGAAUACUUUAAGGACUCAUUUUGUGUUUGCUUGUGAAAAUGAUUACCUAACUAUCAGAUGCCCAUCAGGGACGUUGAUAAGCAUACAAAACGCAAACUACGGUCGGAGAGUACCCAGUACAGACAUGUGCCCGCUGCCGUGGACGUCGUUAGGGACGCGGAGCGAAAGCCUUCGUAGUGAAAAUAUUAAUUGUAGAGCAGCUGAUUCAUUACAAAUUAUUACAGAUAGGUGUGAAGACAUGCCAGAAUGUAGGAUAGAAGUAAAAACAAGUUUAUUCAGUGUGGACCCUUGUCCAACGACACAUAAAUACCUUGAUGUUUCAUAUAAAUGUAGACCACAUCAAUUCACAAAGGUGGAGACGUGUGAAGAUAAGCACAUGAAUGUAUAUUGUGAUGAAGAAAACCAAGUAGUUGCCAUCUAUAAUGCACAUUUUGGAAGAUUAUUACCAGGCAGUAUGGAGUGCCCUUCAUAUUCAAUGCAUGAAUUAGAAUGCCAAACAGAUGAUGCCUUAGCACAGAUGAUGCAGCGUUGCCAUGGGAGACGGCACUGUGCUGUCAAGGCUGGUAGCAAGAUCUUUGGAGAUCCAUGUCCAGAGGACACACAUAAAUACCUCAUUGUGCUUUAUUCAUGUGGUAAGUCUCUGGCGGUGAUGAUGAUGACAAUGAUGAUUUUGGAGAAGAUCACAGAAAAUGCCCAAGCGUCUUUUCUGUUCUGGAUAAUUGAGCGCCUAGAGCCGCCAACCAUGCAAUUACCCUCAGAGGGUCCACCUGUGCUUAAUCUUUCUUUGUUUUCUUCUUUUCCCCAUUCUGUAGUGAGUAAAAGUAUAUUCCGGAAGCCUCGCCGGUUCCCGGGUCUACCGCCCCUCCCCAGCAAUCGAGCUCCUGAUGGGUCCUCUAUCAAUGGUCUAGGAGGUGGAGGGAGAGGGACAGGGGGUUUAGAACCUGUUUCUGGAGCACCAUUUAGGACCUUACAACCAAGUUUUAGUGAUUCUUCAGUUUCCUUUAGCAGUGAUGCGUACAAUGACAGCUCUUACAAUAGUUAUCCAAACUCGACAGCGUUAAUACCAACAGGAUCGGGGAGCUCGGAUACAAGUGGCUUAGGUGAUUUUGUUGGGAGUUUCAUGAUUUUUAUAGAGUUUCUUAAAGAGAAGAAACAUAUCUUCAUUCAAUACUUUGUGAUUGGAUGCCUAAUAGGAAUCAUCUUAUCUCUUAUAUCAUGGGUGUUUCAUCUCAAGAGGAAAAAGGCAAAAUUAAAGAAGAAACUUAGAGGAUCAGAUGGUACAGAUGGGAGACAGAGAGCGAAUGGUGUCUUAGCCGCUGUGCAGGAGGAGAACAGGAUAGACAUCGAUGAGAUCUGGCGGAGUCCACCGCCUCCUUCGAUCCUCAACAGAGUCAGUCCGACGGAGGACGACAACGACAACACAAUAUGGCGUUCUCACACGUUACCCGGGUCACGGCAACUCAACAGUUACUUCCCAUAGCAAUGAUGGGACAAGGGUGGGGUCGGACAUGCAGCACUAGGGGGAAGAUCGGGGGGGCUCUGAUGUGGAACCAUUUGGAGGGAAUCCAAACCUUCCUUUCUGCAAAUCUCAAUGUUAUGUUAAUGAUUUUGGUUCAUUAAUAAUUGAAUAUUCAUUCUUUGAAUAUUACUCACCAAUUCUUUAAUCACAUCCAUAGGAAAAAAUAUCUAAGAUGAUAGAUAUAUUAUUGAGAGUUGGUUUACAGUUGGAUCAGUAAGCUCAACUCUAUAACCAAAUUGGCACCCUGAAAGGUUGGAUUGUACCUAACUCCUGUGCUGCAUGUCCGCCCUCAUGCCUUGGUCUCUUGUUAAUGUGUCUUUGGCCCAAAUUCAUUAAGCUGGUUUCAAAUGUACCAUGGGACAAAUCCAUGGACUAAGCAGAUUUCUCUUAGUAUCGCGCUUUAUUCAAGCAUGAAUUUAGCGUCCUUUAC